AUGACCCUCUCCACCUCGAGCUCGAUCCUCUGCUUGACCCCUUCCGGCGGUGACUUAAGCAGGCCCUCGACGUGCACGCAGGUUCCCCGGGCACGACCCGUCGUUGACCUCGAGAAAUGCAAACCUGCCCUUGUCCGCCUCGCGCCCUGUCUUCACCCAACCGCCGAUCCGGACCUUCUGACCGGCCAACCCGGCGCCCUUGUCGGGUCUGCUCAAAAUGGAUUGGAUUGGGACACGCUGGGAGAACUCCGACUCCUUGAUGGGGUCGCUCAGGGUGAGCCCGUCCAGCGCCGGCGGCGAGGAGUCCGACGACAUUUUGUUCCGCCUCUGGGUUGGGGGCGUCGUUGGACGGUGGAGUUAUUGAGACUAAACCCUAAAAUGAUUUUUGGAGAAAUGACAGAGUUCUCCAAUUAG